AGGAUCGAAGCAGCUCGAUGCCCAGAUGUGGUUGUGGCGCAAAUAGACCCCAAAAAAUUGAGAAAGAAGCAGACGGUAAACAUUUCGAUUUCUGGAUGUCAGCCUGCUCCUGAAGGAUACUCUCCAACGCUCAAGUGGCAGCAGCAACAAGUGGCCAAUUUUUCAGCCGUUCGUCAGAGCCUGAACAAGCACAGAAAUCACUGGCGGUCACAACAUUUGGACAGCAAUGUUACUAUGCCAAAAUCAGAGGAUGAAGAAGGCUGGAAGAAGUUCUGCCUGGGUGAAAGAUUAUACUCAGAAAUAGAUGCGCUAUCUGAUAAUGAGAAUCUAGGAAUUGAUUACAUAAAGGUGGGCUUUCCCCCUUUGCUAAGUAUUGUAAGCAGAAUGAAUCAGGCAACAGUAACCAGUGUGUUAGAAUACCUGAUAAGCUGGUUUGGAGAGAAAAAAUUUACUCCAGAACUGGGUAGAUGGCUUUACGCACUGCUGGCAUGCCUUGAAAAACCUUUGCUACCUGAAGCUCACUCCCUUAUUCGACAGCUGGCAAGACGAUGCUCAGAAGUCAGAGUACUAGAGGAGAACAAGAAUGAAGAACAGAUAUCAGCUCUGAACUUGAUAAUCUGCUUAGUUAGCAGGUACUUUGACCAACGUGACCUUGCUGAUGAGCCUUCCUAGACUGUUCUGAGAAUAUCAUGUAUUUUGCAUUGCCAUAGUACAAACAGCAUUAUCAGAGUUAAGAGCAAAGACCCUGCACCGUUCAGACCUGAAGUACUGUACAGCUGCUUCAGAACACCCUCAUGAUAAUGCAUUUGGGACAGCUACGAAUAACAAGCUGAGCUUUGGCAUAAGAUUGUCAAUGUCUCCAAUAACAUCAUCACCGUCAUAAAAUGGUCAGUGAAGUGUCUGGCAUCAUCUCUCAAGCUGCUGUCUCCGUAAACUACGUUUCUUGGUUAGAAAU